AAAGAUCAAUGAGGAGUGCGGUGUUUCUCUAUUACAACAAAAGUACUUCUCUACCUCCAGAGAGAAAAAGCAGCAUAGAAGAAAACUGGAAAGACGUGUGCAAGCGCGAAGUCUCUGCAUGUAUUUGGCAUAAACCCCAUCAGGCAGAGACACAGUGAGAGUGACUGGGAUCAUGCUGAGAAUACUCGCCCUGCUGGCUGUGCUGUUGCAGCUUCUUUGCUGUUGCCUGGCUGCUCCAAGCUUCUCCAACGGCUUCUUCUACCAUGACAUCACGAAUGGCAAUGGAAAUGGAGAGAUUUACUUCAACGGGGUGCGUCUUCACGUGGAGACGCCAGAGAUGCCCGUCUACGCGGUUCGGGGCAGCAAUGUCACGCUGCCCUGCCACUACCGCUACGAACCCGAGCUGAGCGCCCCCCGCAGGACGCGCGUGAAGUGGUCCUGGCUGCCCGCCGUCGGGGGCCACGAGACGGACGUGCUGGUGGCGGUGGGCGUCCGCCACCGCAGCUUCGGGGACUUUAAGGGCCGCGUGCGCCUGCUGCAGAACUCCCCGCGGGACCUCUCCCUGGUCAUCAGCGACCUGCAGCUGAACGACACCGGGCGCUACCGCUGCGAGGUCAUCGACGGCCUGGAGGACGAGAGCGCCAGCGUGGACCUGGAGCUGCGAGGAGUGGUGUUUCCGUACCAGCCACCCAGGGGGCGCUAUCACCUGAACUUCCAUGCGGCGCAGCGGGCGUGCGAGGAGCAGGACUCGGCGCUGGCCACCUUCGAGCAGCUCUUCCUGGCCUGGGAGGAGGGGCUGGACUGGUGCAAUGCGGGCUGGCUGGCGGACGGGACGGUGCAGUACCCCAUCACCCUGCCGCGCAAGCCGUGCGGUGGCCUCGGCAUGGCCCCCGGCGUCCGCAGCUACGGCUCUCGUCACCGACACCUCCACCUCUUCGACGCCUUCUGCUUCUCCUCCUCGCUCAGAGGGAGAGUGUAUUUCCUGCAGCACCCUCAAAGGCUCAACUUCACGGAGGCUGUGCAGGCCUGUAGCCAUGACGGAGCUCAGAUAGCCAGGGUGGGCCAGCUGUACGCCGCCUGGAGGUUGACGGGCCUGGACCGCUGCGACGCGGGUUGGCUGGCCGACGGGAGCCUUCGCUACCCCAUCACCAGCCCCCGACCCAACUGUGGCCCCAAAGAGCCCGGCGUGCGCAGUUUUGGCUUUCCUGCCCAGCAACAGAAACAUGGCGUGUACUGCUAUGGGCCCCGGUAAACUGUGUACGGGCACGGACCACACGCUCUGUUCUCUCAUCGGUCAAUGGGACAGGCUGAGACACCUCACCUCCAGCUCUGAUCUUCUAGUGUACUUAUAUCAAAGGUAGUGCACCAGCAGUUAGGUGCCUUUAGUAAUUGUGCCAUUUCUGGCUCAGUGGCCAUUUGACAGCCCGGUACACUGCUGGUACAAAUGCGCACAAACUUAUAAGGACAAAAUCGAGCUAUUAGACUCCUGUACCAAUCAGUCAUACAUUAGAACAAUACCUCAUGGAAGUAAUCUAGAACACUCUGAUCAGAAACUUGCUAAAUAAAAAUGGCAGGAUAGGACAACAAAUGAAUUCUGUUUUGAAAUGUUAUUCUUUCCUCACUGUCUUUUAUUUGCUUAUUAGACACCCCUAUGAAAUGCAUCUUUGUGUACAUUUUUUCAUAGUAUGCUUUAUAAGAUUUGCAGAAACAAUUCAGACUAAAAUGAAGUGCAAGGGUAUAAUAACAACAGUCUUCCUGGUAGGUCAGCACGUCAUUUCCAAACCUCUACUUCAUAUUGCUGCUCAAUAGCACUGACGGCAUGUAUGCAGUCUGUGAUCCUUUAGUAAUGAUAGCACACAAUCAACUCUUAGUCACCCUGGUGUUUGUUUUAUGUAGCUGCAUCACAACUGAGAAACACCAACCAUUUGCUAACUAUAGAAACAGUAGAACUAUUUGACUGUUUUUAUAGUACUCUCUAAAUGUAUCUAAGUAUUCAACUGGAACUUUUCCUUGUUUUUUCUAACUUCUGUGAAUUGCUCAUUAUUAUUAGUAUUGUUAUUUAUGUCUGCCAUAUUCAGUGAUUUUUGGCUGGACCGCAACAGCGGGGCCAGCCCUACAAACGCGAAUGUCUGUGACUGAGUGAUGAAGUUACACCAUUGGUCAGCCGGAUGAAGUGUAUUAGGUCCAGCCAUACACUAGGUUUUGACCUGGUCUUGUUUUAAAUGUCACAUAAAUGAGAGAAAAAUCUUCUCUUGGAAAUCAUGCAAAAAUCAAGGACUGAUAGAUUAGAGAUUAUUUAAGGGGAUGAAAGUAAAAUUUCAGUGAGUUCUGCCAUGGACUGAAGUCAAAUAAUGUGUUUAACAGGAAGUAUUUACUGACUUGUGACAACGCUAUUCCUGGUUUGAAAUAUGUACUGUACCUUAUAUAUCUUUUGGGACCUCAGUUUAUAUAUUCAUAAACAUCUGCAAUGGACUUUUAUGUGAAGUUUUAAGUGGUUCAAAGAAAUGGCAUAUUUUUUGUAAAAUAAAAUCUAUCUUUGUAAAGACAUCA